AAGGCUCGGGCUGCCCUUGGCGCUGCCGAUCCCAGACGUUGCUGCAUUCAGGCAUUCGCCGACGACAGCCCAGCGCGGGGCGGGGUUAGGUGGAGGGGGCCUGAGUCGGAUUCGGCGCAGGGGCAUUCCGCGCGGGUUCUCUCGCACGCGUAAGGGGUGCGAGCGCCGGCGGCCAUGGACGACGAGGAGGAGACGUACCGGCUCUGGAAAAUCCGCAAGACCAUCAUGCAGCUGUGCCACGACCGUGGCUACCUGGUGACCCAGGACGAGCUUGACCAGACCCUGGAGGAGUUCAAAGCCCAAUUUGGGGACAAGCCGAGUGAGGGGCGGCCACGGCGCACGGACCUCACCGUGCUGGUGGCCCACAACGAUGACCCCACCGACCAGAUGUUUGUGUUCUUUCCAGAGGAGCCCAAGGUGGGCAUCAAGACCAUCAAGGUGUACUGCCAGCGCAUGCAGGAGGAGAACAUCACGCGGGCCCUCAUCGUGGUGCAGCAGGGCAUGACACCCUCUGCCAAGCAGUCCCUGGUCGACAUGGCCCCCAAGUACAUCCUGGAGCAGUUUCUGCAGCAGGAGCUGCUCAUCAACAUCACGGAGCACGAGCUAGUCCCUGAGCACGUCGUCAUGACCAAGGAGGAGGUGACAGAGCUGCUGGCCCGAUAUAAGCUCCGAGAGAACCAGCUGCCCAGGAUCCAGGCGGGGGACCCUGUGGCGCGCUACUUUGGGAUAAAGCGUGGGCAGGUGGUGAAGAUCAUCCGGCCCAGUGAGACGGCGGGCAGGUACAUCACCUACCGGCUGGUGCAGUAGCUGCCACCUGACAGCCCCUAGAGGCGGACACACAGGCAGUGACCCCCAUCCCUGCAGGACGAACGCCCCUGCCCUGCCAGAAUCCGGCCCCCCAGCUCUCCUGGCUGCUGCUCCUCUGGACUCCCCAAGGCAGGUGGCCUCCACCCAAGUUCUCCUGUCCUGGGGUGAGGCUUCCUGUGGCCCAGCUUGCCCCAUUCACCUGUGGAUUUGUGUGAGAUGCAGCCUCAGAAGGGACGAGGCCCCCAGAGGGAGGUCACCUGGGCGGGGGGUGGGCAGCUGGUGCCGGGUCCUCACCCAGACCACUCUGGGUCCCCUCUGUUGGCGGUUUGGGGUCUGGGUCUCCCACCAGCCACUGCUUCCUUCUGGGCUGUCAGCCUUCUACCCCUCGUCUUCCCUCCCUCGGGGGCCCUGACGCGUGGUGGUCCCCGCCCAGCCUCGGCUCCUUCCUCCAUUCACAGCCGUGCACGCGCUCAAGCCACCAGGGUGCGAGAUUCCAGCCCUGGACUUCAGUUGUAGGAGGUUGGGUGUUUUCAAACGUUAAAGAUGUUUUGAGCAAAUAAAUUUGCUUGAUAGAGAAACCAGGCCGACUAACAAGGUUUUCAGCAGGUGGCCUUACCUCAGCCCAAGCACACGAGGUCAGCUUGGCAGGUGCGCCCUCCUUGCGCUGGCUUUCUCUGGCUUCAGGGGUCAGUGCCUCCCCAGGCCCUUGCCCUGCCCUCCCACUUCGUGCUCCUGGAUCAGGUGUGAGCAUGUCUGUCUCUCUUCCCUUCCCGUGCGUGAGGGUGUGGCGUUCUCUGUCUUGUGCAGCUGUGGUUUGUGGCCAGUUCCUCGUAUAGAUGUUUGGGAUCUGGCUCUACUUCCCCCUUUGCUUACUGUCUGAUUUCAGAAGGCCUCGCCUGCCCAAGUUUAACCUAGCCGCAUGUGUUUAUUUCACAACAGCUUUAUUAAGAUGUAAUUCAUCUUUGUGCGAUUGGUGGUCUAUCAUGUGCCCGCUGUUCUGUGGAGCAGGGUCCCCAGAUCCCUGGGCCAUGGACAGCGUGUGUGAUGGGGACAGUGCUUCCCCUUCUCUCCAAAUGGACUUUUUUCAAAAUUGUCUUGGCCAAAGCAAGCCAGACACAAAGGGUACUGAUGUCACUUCUAGGAGGUCGCUAGAGUCAUCAGAGACUGGAAGUAGGAUGGGGGCUCCAGGGGCUGGGGAGGGGGGGUGGGGACAGUGUGUGUCAUGUGCACAGUCUUUUUUUUUUUUUUUUUUGAGAUGGAGUCUCCCUCUGUCGCCCAGGCUGGAGUGCAGUGGCGCAAUCUCGGCUCACUGCAAGCUCCGCCUCCCGGGUUCACGCCAUUCUCGUGCCUCAGCCUCCGGAGUAGCUGGGACUACAGGCGCCCGCCACCACGCCUGGCUAGUUUUUUGUAUUUUUAGUAGAGACGGGGUUUCACCGUGGUCUCGAUCUGCUGACCUCGUGGUCCACCGGCCUCGGCCUCCCAAAGUGCUGGGAUUACAGGCGUGAGCCACGGCACCCGGCCAUGUGCAGUCUUAUUUUGGGAAGAUGAGAAAAUUCUGGAGGUGGCCAGGUGUGGUGGCUCACGCCUGUAAUCCCAGCACUUUGGGAGGCCGAGGUGGGCAGAUCACCUGAGGUCAGGUGUUUGAGACCAGCCUGGCCAACAUGGCAAAACCCCGUCUCUACUAAAAAUACAAAAAUUACCUGGGCGUCGUGGCACAUGCCUGUAAUCCCAGCUACUUGGGAGCUGAGGCAGGAAAAUCAUCUGAACCCAGAAGGUGGAGGUUGCAGUGAGGCUUAAGUGGGGAGGAUUGCUUGAGCUCAGGAGUUAAAAGACCAGCCUGGGCAACACAGAGAAACCCCCACCUCUACAAAAAGAUUACCCGGGCACAGUGGCUCACACCUGUAAUCCCAACACUUUGGGAGGCUGAGGCGGGAGGAUCAUUUGAGCCCAGGAGGCCAAGGCUGCUGUGAGCUACGAUUGUGCUACUGUACUCCAGCCUGGGCCACAGGGUCACACCCUGUCUCAAAAAAAAAAAUGCAGUUCCACAGGCGCAUGUGUCACGUUUCCAGUGCUUGGUGGCCAUGUGGGGCUGGCGUUCGGAACCUUAGAGCUAGAGAACACGUCCGUCAUCUGGAACGUUUUCCUGGACUGCAGGUGAACAUGACGUGGUCAUUCGAUGCCCGUCUGCACAGCCUAUGGUGAAGACCACCUGGGCUCCCACCUCGUGGGGCCCCAUGGCGGGGGCUUCCCUUCCUCACACAUCCCUCCCCUGGGAGGAGGCCCUGGGCCACGCUACGGGGCUCUCUCUGUCCCCUUCUUCCAAGCUCGCAGCUGCCACAGAAAACAGACCCGAUUAACAACUUUAUUUCAGCAAAAUAAACAUGCCUGUGAAAGAACUACACGGUGGCUUCCGAGAGACCCCACUGUGUACCUAAGCCCCAGUGGCCACACCUGCUGUUCUGGAAAAGGGAGUCCAGGGCCAGUGUUCAGGCCCUGCUGUACUGCACCCUGGAAACUGCACCCAACCCCAGCCUCCACCCCCAACCACGCCUCCCAGAAUGGUUUCUGGAGUCCCUGCAACAGACCUGUGAGGAGAGGGCGUGGCAGGGCCUGCUGUCCCUGUGAUGACCAGGGGGAUGCGCCGGGCAGGGACAGCUUCCUCCAUCCAUACAGCCUUGUGGGCACCGACAAGGCCACUGCGACUUCACAAGACAGCAGUGUCCCCAGCUCAGCUGAGCUCACACUCCUGUGCCCCAAGGCCCUGGUGCUCCUGGAAGCCUCUGGGAGGAGGUGCAUGCUGGUGGGACAUCAAAGUCCAGGUGCUCUCGGCAGCGACCCCAGGACGGCACAGCUAAGCUAUGCCGUGGUUCAGGGGACACGCUGGAGGGACAGGAGCAGGCAAGAGAAGCCACCUGUGGUCCCAGCCCCACCCCAGCUCACACGAAUUCCGGCUGCCUCUCCCUGCAGGAGCCCAGCGUGAUCCGCCCGCCACAGAGCCUCACGGGGGGCAGUGGGGUCUGCAGCACGUUGUUGGACUGGUUGGUAUUGAAUCCUGAGAGCUGCUGGGCCGGGCCGUCCUCGUCCUCGUCCCUGUCCCCGUCCUCCUGGGCCGUGGUCUCCAGCUGCUCCUCACUGCCGCUGUGGCUGCCAGAAGCCUCCUCUAGGCUGGCCUCGCUCUGCUGCUGCUCCAGGAAGCUGAGGUGGCGCAGGGCACUGGCCUCCGAUGAGGACAGCAGCUCAGAGGCCUCCUCUAGGUCCGAGUCUGAAUCGUUGGACACAACUCGGGAUUCUGAGAAAGGGAGACAGAGAUGGAGGAGAGAGAUGGAAGGGAGAUGAGAGAGACAAGGGGAGUGACAGACAUGAUGGAGGGGGGAGGGGAGGAGGAGGAGGGGAGAGAGGAGGAGAAGGCGGGGGAGGAGGAGGAGGAGGGGAGAGAGAAGGGGAGAAACAGGGAAGGAGAAAGGAGAGGGGUGUUGAUAGGGUCUGGCUCUGUGUCCCCACCCAAACCUCAUCUUGUAGCUCCCAUAAUUCCCACAUGUUGUGGGAGGGACCUGGUGGAGAAUGGUUGAAUCAUGGGGUCUUUUCCUGGGCUGUUCUUGUGACAGCAAACGUGUUGUGGGAGGGACCUAGUGGGAGACCGUUGAAUCGUGGAGGUGGGUCUUUCCUCGGCUAUUCUCGUGAUAGUAAAUGGGUUUCACAAGAUCUGAUGGUCUAAAAACUGGAGUUUCCCAACACAAGCUCUCCCUUUGCCUGCCGCCAUCCAUGCAAGACGUGACUUGCUCCUCCUCGCUUUCUGCCAUGAUUGUGAGGCCUCCCCAGCUACAAGGAACUGUAACUCCAUUAAACCUCUUUUGCAAAUUG